AGACAUCCCCGGCCGUGCCACCGGCGCUCGAGGCGGCCGCGGGCAACGCGCCCAACCGCAUGUGGGGCGGCCGCUUCGAGGCAUCGCCCGACGAGGCUGAUGGAGGCGAUCAACGCCUCCAUCGACUUCGACCGGAGGCUCUACGCGGAGGAUAUCGCGGGCUCCGUCGCUCACGUCACCAUGCUGGCGGCGCAGGGAAUUGUGACGCAGGAAGACGCAGUCGCGAUCACGGAAGGCCUGCAUCGGGUGCGGGAUGAGAUCGAGGCCGGCGGCUUUCCCUUCGACCGCGCGCUCGAAGACAUCCACAUGAAUAUCGAGGCCCGGCUUGCCGCGUUGAUCGGCCCGGCUGCCGGCCGCUUGCACACCGCCCGCUCGCGCAACGACCAGGUCGCGACCGAUCUGCGUCUCUGGCUGCGGGCGCGUCUGGACCAGGCCGACGAGGCCUGCCGUGGGCUUCAGGCCGCACUUAUCGACCGGGCCGAGGAGCACGUGGCCACCGUCAUGCCGGGCUUCACCCACCUGCAGGUGGCGCAGCCAGUCUCCCUCGGCCACCAUCUGCUGGCUUAUGUCGAGAUGAUCGGGCGCGACCGGGGGCGGCUUGCCGAUUGCCGCGGGCGCCUGAACGAGUCGCCGCUCGGCGCCGCCGCGCUCGCCGGGACGUCGUUUCCCAUCGACCGCGCCAUGACCGCCGAGCUCCUCGGCUUCGACCGGCCUUCGGCCAAUUCCAUCGACGCAGUCUCCGACCGCGACUUCGUGGUGGAGGCGCUGGCGGCGGCGUCGCUGGUCGCCAUGCACCUCUCGCGGCUCGCGGAGGAGCUCGUGCUCUGGUCGAGCGCGCAGUUCGGCUUCAUCGCGCUCUCCGACCGCUUUUCGACCGGCAGCUCCAUCAUGCCGCAGAAGCGAAACCCCGACGCCGCCGAGUUGGUGCGGGGCAAGACCGGGCGCAUCGUCGGCGCGCUGAUCGGCGUCCUCAUCGUGAUGAAGGGCCUCGCGCUCACCUAUUCGAAGGACAUGCAGGAGGACAAGGAACCCCUCUUCGAUGCCUUCGAUUCGCUCGCGCUCUGUCUUACAGCCGCGACCGGCAUGGUUCGCGACAUGACCGUGAAGGCGGACGCGAUGGCUCGCGCCGCCGGGACCGGCCACGCGACGGCGACCGACCUCGCCGACUGGUUGGUGCAGAAGGUGGGUGUUCCCUUCCGCGAAGCCCACACGAUCACCGGGCAGAUCGUGAAGCUUGCCGACGAGAAAGGCUGCGAUCUCAAGGACCUGGCGCUCGCCGAUCUGCGGGGUAUCGAGCCGCGGAUCAACGCCGACGUGGUGGCGCUGCUCGACCCCGCCCAAGCCAUCGCCCGCCGCACCAGCGAGGGCGGCACCGCGCCGAGCGAGGUGGCGAAACAAGUUGCCCGCGCCCGGCAGCGUUUUCUAUAG